CGAAACAGGAUAGUCGUUCAUAUUGCUAAAUUUUUAUAUUCCGUUUAAUAUUGCUGGCUAAAUAGUACCCUCAGCCCUGCCCACAUAGUUUUAUACAAUUAAUUAAUCAAUUUUCUACUUGACUGGCUUAUUUUAAACACUUGCAUUUAUUGCAUUUUGCGUAAAAAAAGGUUUUCGUUGACAGGAAUGAUAAAUGCGCCGGUGGUUCAUUAUAUUAGGUAUUGAGAAUUGGGACUACACUUUUCGCAAAAGAACUUUGGGGACUACCACGAACAGGAGAAAUUUAGUUUUCGAAGCAUUGCAAUCGACAACUAGUCCAAAGAAAUGACUGAAUAUACUAUUAUUCCAUUGGAAGAUUCGUUCCUGGUGGAAGAAUCCGAAUGGUUGUUGCAGUGGACUAAGCUAAACUCUGAAAACUGCGACGAUGGAGCAAAUAAGAGCGACGCGAAGCACUCGAAUUUGAUGUUGCAUUUAAAAGAAGUGAAGAUCUACAGGGAACAAAUAGACGAGCUGAACUCACAACAUGCCUUCUUGAACAAAGAAAUGGAGCUUGUUAGAGAUUUGGAAAAACAAAAAUGUGACCUGCAGCUUUAUAACGCGCAGAAGGAGCAUCUAACUAUUGAACGUGAUGGUCUGCUACUGCAGUUGGAAGACGCGAAGGAAAAGUAUGCAAGUAUUCUACAAGAACUGGAUGAGCAAAGCAAAUCGAUGGUGGAGAUGAAUAAAACUUUUCAUCUGGAAAUAGAGAAGUUUGAGCAACGGCAAAUUGAUAUGCUCCAUGCCAUACAGCACCAAGACGAAAAACACUUACUCCAAAUGGAUAGGCUUGAACGAAAUCUUCAAAAAAAAUAUUCGGAGGUCAACGUUUGCGGCAUUUGUGUCACCCCCUGGGACUCGGGUGGCGUGCAUCGAUUGGUUUCGUUGCCCUGCGGACAUCUCUUUGGUGACAAGUGCAUCCGGGAACACCUACGUCGAGUGUUACAAUGCCCAAUUUGUAAGGUGAUGGCAUUGGAAGAGCAUCUUCGUUAUAUCUAUGGUAUUAACAUCUUGCCUUAUGAAAAUUAAAAUUAGCAUUGGCAACUUUCAUCUUAAAUUUUCACUAAAAAAAUUUGACACUAUAUCUUGCAAUAGUUGAAAUAUUGAGUUUAAUAUUUAAUGAACACCUUAUAAACUCAUAAUAAACGUAUGCUGUAUGACUACAAAUCAUUUAG